AUGUAUCACCCUGGUGUUGGCAGCUCAGAUAGCGCAGUCGACAAAUUCACAGGCGGACUCUUUGGGGUUGGACUUGACCAGGGGAUGCUGAUGCUGUCGCAGGCCAUUCGUGAGGUCUACAACUUUAUUUGUACUAAUUACGUCGAUGGGGACGACAUCAUUCUCAUAGGCUUCUCCCGUGGUGCUUUCACGGCGCGCUCUGUUGCCGACAUGGUUGCGACGGUCGGCUUGCUGACUCCUACGGGCUUGGAUCAUUUCUACGCCAUCUUUGAAGACUAUGAGAACAUGGGCGGUUCUGAUCGUGAUCCGAGUCUCUUCUUGGACCCCGAAUUACUUCCCUACAAUGGCGAGAGAGGAGCAGCCAGGGCUAAAUGGGAGAUGGAUCGGAAAUCACAGUAUGAGAAAUGGCUUGCCAAGAAUGGCCUCACAAGGCACACAUACGAAGAUGCAAAUGGCGUGCACGAGAUCAAGAUCAAGGCAGUUGGCGUAUGGGAUACCGUCGGCGCUUUGGGCAUUCCCCCGGCCCCGGUCAUUGGCCUUCAUGGAACAUCAGAUCAAUAA